AUGCUUUGCGCCCUUUCUGGAGAGCCUGUUAGUGAUGCUGUGGUAUCGCCCCGUAGUGGAGCCGUAUUCGAAAGAAAACUAAUUGAAUCGUACAUCGCUAGUGCUGGAAAAGACCCCAUCAAUGAUGAACCACUCUCAUCGCUGGAUUUGAUAUCUUUAGCGGUUCCCACUGCCAUCACGCCUCCCAAGCCGCACAACUUCACUUCAAUUCCUACCAUGCUUGCUGCUUUCCAGAAUGAAUGGGAUGCAUUGGCUCUCGAAACCUUCGCCUUGCGGAAACAACUUCACGACGCAAGACUAGAGCUAAGUGCUACACUUUAUAAGUAUGAAGCAGCUGUGAGGGUUGCUGCACGAGCCACAAAGGAGAAGGACGAUGCUCAGUUAGCUCUUCGACAGCUUACAGAGGCAUUUGCUGUUGGUGAUAUGAAUCAGAGUAUUGCCUCCUCCAAUGGUCAAAAGACAGAAUCAACAAAUUCAAAUGUACAAUCGACAUCCGACACAUCGAGCAACGGUGCCUCAAAAAGUAAUCCUGAUGAGCCAGUUCCUGACGGAGCUCUAGAUAAGUCAGACGUUAUUAUGCCUUCUGAUGACAUCAGCCAGGAUUCGCGUGUUGUACCAGUGGAUAGACUCGUUCACGCACAACAGCUCCUCUUUGCUUUGCACAAGAAACAGAAGAUUGCAUCUCCAAUCGUCAAGGGAUCCAAAGUUUCGAUUAGAGUAGAAUCUAAUGAGGACUGUGAUUUACCUGGACUCAGAACUACCGCAUUCGACACAGAAUCCAAAAAGUCAUUAUGUUGUGGCUCAUUUGGAGUAAAACUCUUACCAGAUGAGAUUGUCAGUUCUGAAUCCACAGCAGCUGCGUUUUUGCAUGAAAACGACACGACGGCUGCAAUGGCCCUUAAGACUGGACAGUUUAAACUACUUGAACAAAACGUGACCAAAAAUAUAGACAUGGAUGAUUUUAAAUUCCUAGCGACGCAUCCAAGUGAAGCCCUCUUUGUCGUGAUCACAAAAAAGAACCAAUGGCAACUAGUAGAUGCGACCGGUCUGAUGUAUACCUCAGAAGAAUUAGAGUCGAUUUCCUCCGUUGCUAUCCAUGUCGAUGGAAUCCUUCUCGCUCUUGGUCGAGAUGGCGCUGUUGAUAUCUAUGAGAUCACCUCCACCAAGAAAGUCUCUACCAUAAAUAUUGACAAAGGUACUGUCACCAAUGUUCAAUUUGCUUUGAAUGGGUUUUGGAUUGUGAUAACUAGUGUGAACGAGAACGAGGAAGGUAGCGUGGAUAUCUACGACUUGCGCAAAACGAGUCUUGUCCAUGCAACCUCGUUCAAAUCGCCUGUGCAAGCACUUCUUGAUCCUUCUUCGCUGAUUCUCACCACAUAUGACACGAAGGAGAAAAAGCUUCGUGUAAAUGCAUACUUCAAGAAGGGCAAGGUUUGGGAAUCGAAUUUAGCGGAGCUACAGAUAGAAGAGCUUCAGCUGUUCGAAAUAGAGUCAGCUCCAAAAGACAUAGAAACCGAAAAGGUGUUACGACUCACUGGAUACUCCGAGAAGAAAAUCUAUCAGUUCGUGAUUGAUAUUGAUCAGCACUAA